GAUCAUUAGUCUACCAGCGACCGAUAUGACAGCUUCCUCAACGCUACUGAUGCCAGGGUUCUGGUGCAAGGGAUGGGGUACCAUACUAGAGCGGCAUUGUGGCCCGGUGGUCUCAAAGGCACCCGCUUCAAAAACCUUCGUGAAUUGGACUUGAGGGCCUGCGCCAUAACCACCCUAAGCACCGGCACUUUCCAGGGCAUGGAAAAUUUGGAAGCCUUGUAUAUGUCAGAUAACAGUAUACUCAACAUCAACGCUAAAGCGUUCUCGGGCCUUAACAAUUUAGUCCACUUAGAUAUGAGCAGAAACUACAAUUACGAUGAAUUCGGAAACCGUAAGAGCUUGAUGUUUGAGUCAUUGGAUGUCAUGGAUGAUUUGUGCAAUCUGGUUUCACUAGACUUUUCUUUCACACGUCUCUCGCCAAUUAAUUUGAUGAUGUUUAACAGUUUUGGAAAGUCUUUCCAAAGACUCUCGCUCUGUGAGACUGGGUUGACGAAGUUACGCACCAAUAUCUUUAGAAAUACAUCGAUAAGGUUCUUGGAUGUUUCUGGCAACAACGGGAUUUUGAACCAGUACGGCGUUUUAGGUGGCCUAGAGAAUACCCUAGAAGUCGUCUACGCCGCAAAAGUUGGUUUAGUCCACCUUAACCUGUUUGAAAGAUUUAAACGAUUGGAGAUUUUAAAUGUACAGAACAAUGAGGUCAGCGUUUUUACAACUGAAUUAGCUAAAACGUUGGAAAGUCUACAGAUAUUGGACUUGGAUAAUAAUAGAUUAACCACAUGGACAGAUCUUAAGUUCAGUCACAUGCCACGCUUGAAGUAUUUAUCAUUGCGGAAAAAUAACAUAAACAUGAUAAAUGAAAAUAUGAUUGAAGAUUUCAAGAAUUUAGAAUAUCUUGGAUUCGGCGAGAACUUCGUCAUUUGCAAUUGCCAUACAAGAGAAUUGUUUGAAAUUAGUUUAAAUGCUGACCGAGAAGCAACAAACCAAAGUAGGAUAAGGUCACAAUACAAGGAAAGAGGUGAUAUGAGUAAGUUUAGCAGUUACCACACAGGGUUCACGUCUUACAAUGGUAUUAUUAAUACAAGAACAAACGUUAGUAAAGUUUGCGAAGUAGAUUAUGACUGUGAUGGAGAGAUAUACCGUGAUAACAUUACUAUACGCUAUUUGCUACUUGAUUACAAUCCUACAGCCUAUCAAUGCAUUCAGUUAGUCGAAGGGGUAUACAAGUCCUUUUCACAACCUUUGGGCUGCGAUGUGUCUCCCAGAGACGUGGACUUUGACGAAGCUAUUGAGAAAAGUUGGAACAAACUCCUGGCUCUGAUCAUCAUUCCGGCCAUCUUGUUUCCUGUGUUGGUGUUCGUGUUUAUCUUCAGGAAGAACUUUAGGUAUUUCUGCAUUACGGUCAGGAAUUCUGCGCUCUUGAGUAUGAUUAAUAAUGAUACGGUUAUAGAUGACUCCCGUAUCUUCAACUACGACGUGUUUGUGUCCUACUGCAACGAUGAUCGCGGUUGGAUCCUGGACCAGCUGCUUCCACACUUGGAGACCAACUGCGGAGUCAGCGUGUGUCUCCAUGAGAGAGAUUUCGAGGUGGGCCUCUCAAUCCUGGAGAACAUCGUGUCCUGUAUGGAUCGUUCGCGGAGCAUCAUGCUCAUCAUCUCCAAGGAGUUCCUUCUCAGCCAGUGGUGUCAGUUUGAGAUGCAUCUGGCACAGCACAGGCUACUAGAAACCCGCCGAGAAGACCUAAUCCUAGUCCUUCUAGAAGAGAUCCCACGCCGUUUGCGGCCCACUACCUUACACUACCUGAUGCUGACGAAGACCUACAUAGUCUACCCGAGCGAUGCCAGCGACAGCGCCAAGAGGGACUUUUGGAGGAGGCUGGGGAGGAGCGUCACUGCUAGGAGGCCUGAUCAUGAGAACGACUCACUAGCAUGA